UUUAGUUGGGUAGGUCUGUGUUACUAUUAAUGCCUUCAAGUCUCUCUUCCUCCUUUUUUUUUUCGUCUCAUUGCAUUAUCUGCAAAUUUAUUAAACAAAACACACACAAAAACAAAAUGGGGUUUCCAUCAAUUAAAAAUAUGAAUGUUUUGGUUCACUAUAUGAAACCAAUGCGGGCAAUCAUGACUUUGAUGGUGAAAGAGUAAGGCAGCCUUGGCCUUUGCCUUUGUGUUCAUUGUUUCAGGGUUCAUUAACCCCUUCACCCACCUCCCUUCUCUCACCAUUAAAAGCUAUACACAGACAAAAAAAGUGUCUUUUUCUUCCUUUCUUUUCCAUUGUUUUUCUUUUUUCUUGUAACGUUUUUGGCUUUGCUUGGCAUACUGACUGAGAUAAUGGGUAAGUGUAACAUUGUAGCCAACAAAAAUGGUGUUUUAUAUCUUCUUCUUCAUCUUUUUCUUCUUUGUUGCCUUGUCGUGGGGGAAUUUUAUCAUGUUUCAGGCCUAAACUACACAAAGUACAUCAAGCAAGCGAGUAGGUUGAGGCUUGAAAGAAUUCAAAAACACUUGGAAAAGAUUAAUAAGCCUCCUCUCAUCACCAUUCAAAGCCCAGAUGGAGAUAUCAUAGAUUGUGUCCACAAAAGAAAACAGCCAGCUUUAGAUCAUCCUCUUUUAAAAAAUCACAAGAUUCAGAGAGUUCCCCCAGGGAUGCCAAAAAGGUUGAAACAAGAAGAGGUAAGAAAUUCAAUGGGCAAUGAGGCAACUAUAAAGGGAACUCCAAGGCAAUGGCAAUGGCAAAUGUGGCAUAGCAAUGGGACAAGAUGUCCCAAAGGAACGGUGCCAAUACGAAGAAGCUCGGUGCAUGAUGUUUUGAGGGCCAAGUCUUUGUUCCAUUUUGGCAAGAAACAACGUGGAUUUAUCAACCCUGCACGCCGCCGUGCCGAUGCACCAGAUAUCGUUAGCGGCAACGGUCACGAACAUGCGAUUGCAUAUACGGGAACAACCCAAGAGUUCUAUGGGGCGAGGGCAACUAUAAACGUGUGGGACCCAUCAAUCGAAGAAGUCAACGAGUUCAGUCUAUCACAGAUUUGGAUUCUUUCGGGAUCAUUCAACGGCUCUGAUCUUAACAGUAUCGAAGCUGGAUGGCAGGUCAGUCCGGAGCUUUAUGGUGACAAUAGGCCAAGAUUGUUCACUUAUUGGACGACCGACUCCUAUGAAGCAACUGGAUGUUACAACCUUCUAUGCGCAGGCUUCGUUCAAACAAAUAGUAGAAUUGCAAUUGGGGCUUCUAUUUCUCCUGUUUCUCAAUAUACUGCAAAUCAAUAUGACAUUACCAUCCUCAUUUGGAAGGAUCCUAAACUAGGGAAUUGGUGGAUGGGAUUAGGUGACAAUACUUUGAUAGGUUACUGGCCAGCGGAGCUAUUUACUCACCUAGCAGACCGGGCAACCAUGGUGGAAUGGGGUGGUGAAGUGGUGAACUCGAGGGCCAAUGGCCAACACACCUCAACUCAGAUGGGUUCCGGUCAUUUUCCCGAAGACGGGUUCGGAAAAUCGAGCUAUUUUCGGAACUUAGAGGUUGUUGAUGCGGAUAAUAGCUUGAGUUCUGUUCGUGGCAUAUCAACCCUAGCUGAAAAUACAAAUUGUUACAACAUCAGGAGCUCAUAUAACAAGGAAUGGGGCACAUUUUUUUAUUAUGGGGGGCCUGGGAAUAACCCACGCUGCCCUUAGAUCAAUAUUAUUGUUUGAAUUAAAUAUUGAUUCUUUUAAUGUAAUUAUUCGCAUUUAUGCUA